AGAGACCCCGGGGGUGGCCGGCCUUGAGGGGGGGGGGGCGGGUCGCAAGGGCCUGGACAUGGCGCUGAGGGGUCGCCCCGCGGGAAGAUGAAUAAAGGCUGGCUGGAGCUGGAGAGCGACCCGGGCCUCUUCACCCUCCUGGUGGAAGAUUUCGGUGUUAAAGGGGUGCAGGUGGAGGAGAUCUAUGACCUUCAGAGCAAAUGCCAAGGUCCUGUGUAUGGAUUCAUCUUUCUGUUCAAAUGGAUCGAAGAACGCAGGUCCCGUCGCAAGGUGUCUACAUUGGUGGAUGAUACGUCUGUGAUUGAUGAUGAUAUUGUGAAUAACAUGUUCUUUGCCCACCAGCUGAUCCCUAAUUCUUGCGCCACUCAUGCCUUGCUGAGCGUGCUCCUGAACUGCAGUAAUGUGGACCUGGGGCCCACCCUGAGUCGCAUGAAGGAUUUUACCAAAGGCUUCAGCCCUGAGAGCAAAGGAUAUGCAAUUGGCAAUGCCCCAGAACUGGCGAAGGCACAUAACAGCCAUGCCAGGCCAGAGCCACGCCACCUCCCUGAGAAGCAGAAUGGCCUUAGUGCAGUGCGGACUAUGGAAGCGUUUCACUUCGUCAGCUAUGUGCCUAUCACAGGACGGCUCUUCGAGCUGGAUGGACUGAAGGUCUACCCCAUUGAUCAUGGGCCCUGGGGGGAGGAUGAGGAGUGGACAGACAAGGCCCGGCGAGUAAUCAUGGAACGUAUUGGACUUGCCACUGCUGGGGAGCCCUACCACGACAUCCGCUUCAACCUGAUGGCAGUGGUGCCUGACCGCAGGAUCAAGUACGAGGCCAGGCUGCACGUGCUGAAGGUGAACCGACAGACAGUCCUGGAGGCCCUUCAGCAGCUGAUUAGAGUAACACAGCCAGAACUGAUUCAGACCCACAAGUCUCAAGAAUCACAGCUGCCUGAUGAGAGCAAACCAGCCAGCGGCAAGUCCACCCUUGUGUUGGAGGCUGGCAGGGCCUCGGCGGCAUCUGAGGGCACCCACACAGAUGGUACAGAGGAGGUGGCAGGCUCAUGCUCACAAGCUGUGGCCCACAGUCCUCCCAGCAAACCCAAGCUGGUGGUGAAACCUCCAGGGAGCAGCCUUAAUGGGGUUCCCUCCAAUCCUACCCCUAUUGUCCAGCGGCUGCCAGCCUUUCUAGACAAUCACAACUAUGCCAAGUCCCCCAUGCAGGAGGAGGAAGACCUAGCAGCAGGUGUGGGCCGCAGCCGAGUUCCAGUCCGCCCACCGCAGCAGUACUCUGAGGACGAGGAUGACUAUGAGGACGACGAUGAGGAUGACAUGCAGAACACCAACCCUGCCAUCAGAUAUAAGCGGAAAGGGACAGGGAAGUCAGGAUUGCUGAGCAGUUCUGCAGAUGGGCAGCUGUCAGUGUUGCAGCCCAACACCAUCAAUGUCUUGGCUGAGAAGCUUCAAGAGUCCCAGAAAGACCUCUCAAUUCCUCUGUCCAUCAAAACUAGCAGUGGGGCUGGGAGUCCGGCUGUGGCUGUGCCCGCACACUCGCAGCCCUCACCCACCCCCAGCAACGAGAGCACCGACACCGCGUCUGAGAUUGGCAGCGCUUUCAACUCGCCGCUCCGCUCCCCCAUCCGCUCGGCCAACCCAACCCGGCCCUCUAGUCCUGUCGCCUCCCACAUCUCCAAGGUGCUUUUUGGAGAGGACGACAGCCUGCUGCGCGUUGACUGUAUACGCUACAACCGUGCUGUCCGGGACCUGGGCCCUGUCAUCAGCACUGGCCUCCUGCACCUUGCUGAGGACGGUGUACUGAGUCCCCUGGCACUCACAGAUGGUGGGAAGGGGUCUUCGCCUUCCAUCCGAUCAGGCCAAGGCAACCAGGGAUGUACCAGCCUGGAGGAAAAGGAGGUGGUAGAAGCCGUGGACAGCAGAGAGAAGACUGGGCUGGUCAGGCCAACUGAGCCCUUGAGUGGGGAGAAGUACUCGCCCAAGCUGCCUCUUGGUAGUGGAGCUUUGGUGCCAGCCAGACCUCUAAGGUGCAAUGCUGGGUUCCGGCAGGAGCUGCUGGCACUGCUCAAGUGCGUGGAGGCCGAGAUUGCAAACUGUGAGGCUUGUCUCAAGGAGGAGGUGGAGAAAAGGAAGAAGUUCAAGGUUGAUGACCAGAGAAGGACCCACAACUACGAUGAGUUCAUCUGCACCUUUAUCUCCAUGCUGGCUCAGGAAGGCAUGCUGGCCAAUCUUGUGGAGCAGAAUAUAUCAGUGCGGCGGCGCCAAGGGGUCAGCAUUGGCCGUCUUCACAAGCAGAGGAAACCUGACCGGCGGAAACGCUCCCGCCCCUACAAGGCCAAGCGCCAGUGAGGACGGCUGGCUCUGACUCUGAAGCCUCCUCUUGCCACAAGGCCCUCACCAGGGCCCCGCUCUGCCUCACUCUUCUUUUCCCAGUAUUACUGAUAGUUCCAGCCAGAGCCCAGGUCCUGGGAGUGGCAGUGGGCUGCAUUCCCUGAAUCACGCUCUGGGGCCUGACAAGUUAGCCCCUUAGUGCUCAGGAAGCAGCUGGAGUUGGGCCAUUAGCAGUGUGCUGUGGCUUCCACAGCUGGCUGUGGAGCAGCAGAACCUGACCCUGCUGCUUGGGCAGCAAGAUGCAUAUUUUACCUAUCAGAGAAGUCUAUUUUUCUGGGUUCCAACUCAUCUUGCCACUGUAUUAACGUGGCCAGCUUCCUGACUCAGUUUCUCCCCUAGCAGGUGUCAUGGUGAGACCAGGUCCUUGUGUCAUGCCAGGGUCCCAACUGGGGACUCAAGAGGGCAUAGGGCCAGCCAUCAGCCUGUCUCUGCUAUGAAGAAGUCAGGCGUACUCUUCAUUCCUCUUGGUACAGCGCCAAACUCAGGGAUCUGGCUGCUGUGCUUGAAUGGGCAGGGGUCUGUCCUGCCUGCUGGGGUCCCACAGCCUGAGCAGAAGAAAAGUUUGAACUGUUUGGGAAUGUGUAGACGGUCUAGGUCCAGCCAGCCUUGUCAGCUGCUGCCCUCAGUGAGGCUCUGGGGCUCUUAGCCUUCAGUGUUGUGGCCCUAGCUGUGGGCCUGUCUUGGGGGUUCCUGUCUGUCCCUGGGGCUCAGAGGAACCUCUUCCCAGCCCCUCAGUAUUACCGUGUCUCUUUAAGGAUAGUGGAGACAGGGCUGCUUGCAGGAAGCUGGCACCACUUCAGCUCUCCCUGGUAGGAUAGCUUCCUUGGCCUUUUGUGAGGUACUCAGGGUUGAGGAUGGCAGGGUCAAGACAACCUGUUCCCAGAGGGUUUUCAUGCCAAGGGGGUAAUGGGCUCAGCAUUGAUUGAAGCUCUAGCCUGAAACAACCCUGUGGCCUUCUCAGAGGGCUUUGAAGGUGUUCCAAGCAGGUCCCUUAUCUGUACAUAAUGACUGGGGGUGGGGAAGGCUGGCAAGUAUGGCAGCUGCCUUCAGGCUGAGCAUAACUUCCAGCUCCUGUAAAUACUGGAUCAGUGACUGAAUAAAACUGCUAAGAAAUGA